ACAUAAUCAUAGGGACAAUAAGUCUUUGCUUGUUAGUUUUAUUGAACGCUGAACAAGCAUCGCUUUGAGGGCUAUGGAGAUGUUGUCAAAGCAACAUGUGAUAUGAAGGUGAAUACUCUCCUUCAUCUGCUACUAUGUAUCGCUUUGAUUUAAUUUGAAGGUAUUCAGAUGCUUCUACGUAGCUACACACCUCUUGGAUACCAUCAUUACCUUGUGAUGCAUCGAGCCCAAGUCUCUUCGUCCUUACCAGUUACCACAUAAGAAGGAACCGAGUAGUUUUCGAAAAACCGAACUAAUUUAUUACCGAACCGAAAACCAGAUUUUUUUUUAAUAAACCUACCUUUGGUUCGGCGAGCUCGGUUAUAAACCGCAGGCCUAGUCUACAGCAUCUGUAACAUAUGUUGCUGUUGUAUAAAUGCAAACUUAACUUUCUCAGUGUCAACACCACAUGACAACGAAUCAGAGUUGUAUCUCGAUGGGUAUGCGAAAAACGACCACAAUAAUCACAAGUUCCUCAAGGUUCACAGGCACUCGGACCACGUUGAUCCCAUGCUGCAUUUCAUGAGUGACGAUACAUAUUUACUUUCGGUGAGGCUUAGGUUACUACACUGGGAUGCGUUUCCUUUGACAGACUUUCCUCCCCGGUUCCUUCCACUAGGUCUUGUCGAAGUCAGUUUACGUUACAGCAAUCUCACAAGCUUGAUGAAAGGAACCAAGUGGUUACUACACUUGAGAAGACUAGACUUGACAGUGUCUAAGAAUCUUGAACAGCUUCCAGAUCUUUCGCAUGCGGUGAAGUUGGAAGAAGUGAUAACUCAAGGCUGCAAGAGGCUCAAGAGGAUUCCAGAGUCCAUUAGUAACCUUACUAGCCUGACAAUGCUUGAUGUCACAGACUGUGAUGAGCUUACUAGUAACUACCACAUCACCGUAAAGGAAUUCACUGGGCGUUCUUGGCAGAUUAUUUUGUAUUUCUCAAGUAAUGAAGUGGAAAUGAGGUCCGCUACAUAUCUAUCCAUUGGAGGAAACAUACAAAUUCAGAUGGUGGGGCUUGCCGGCAACGUUGAUCACCUUUGUUUUAGUUCUGAGAAACAAGCACCUCAUGUACUGACAGGGAUGUACCAGCAACCACUUCUGUUUUAUGGUCAUAAACGGAGGACGAAGAAAGUAGAGCAGCAGAGGCAUCGACCCAGUAGGUCAGAGUUCCACGGUUUUAAUGCCGUAGAGAUCAUCAGGUUCAACUACAAGAGUGAUGCUGCUGCAAGUUUCCUCUGUCAUAGCCUUUAUCUCAACUCUCAAGAUGAGCAUCUGAUCACUCAGUUUCUUAACGAGGGACAAAACGAAGAGGUAUGUUUUCAAGCUUUUGUCAUUUCUUGUUGAGUGAAAGUGCUCCAGUUCACUCAGCAGUCUUUACUUGGUUGUGUGCUUCUGAGUGUGUGUCACAAAUAGCUUAGGCUAGAGACUGGGACAAUAGAAGUUCACAAGAACUUGUCUUCAGGGUUUUGAUUGGGUUCACAUCACAUCUUCUUCUGUUAUAACUUCCGAAUUUAUGGUGACACUGACACAACACAAGUCACAAGGCAUGUGAAACAGAAUGUGCAAGAAUCAACUCAGCCUUUUUGCUCUUUCGUGGUUUCUUUGUUUGUUAUUAGCUGUUUGAGAAGCAUGUAUGUUCGUAACUAGGGAAAGAAAACGGUCGGGGUCUUAAUUCCACUACUACCCUCCCCUGUUUGUUCCAAGUUCUUGAAAAGCAUAAACCUAUUUACACAGUGUUCACAAAAAGUAAAUGAUUUAUUUAUAGGAUUUCGACAUGAUAUAGGUACACAAAACAAUGAGUAGAACUGUUUCUUAGACAAUUGUAGAGAUGGAUAAAAUCUGAAUCUUGGAAUGGAUUGGAUUCAUAGAUAUUGAAAGAUAAUACUUUGAUUUGGCAAAUCACUAGCAGUGUGCUGCUUUUUAUUUGAAAAGAUUUAUCAGAUUGUGCUUCUGUAUGUGUGUUGCGUUUUCACUUUUCAUGAACUUUGUGCUUCCGUAGUUUACGGUAAAGAUGUAGUAGACACACAAACUUUAGACAGCCAAAAGAGUUAUGCUCACACUGGAAAUGUUUAAAUACAUCAUGACAAUACAACUAACACUCAUUGAAAUUGUUGUUCACAGUUAACGCCUUGAAAGUGAAUAUAACAUCUUCACGGAAGCUUUGAUUAAAAUAAAAUAAAAACAUCUCCAUGGAAGCAAUCUUGUAAAGUGAUUCAUUCACCUACUCAUUACUUAAGAGGCAAGAUAAAAUGAAGGAUGUGGUCUUUCUCAAUUGCUCUUUUCAUGACAUAAUACAUCAAAGUCCUCUUUGAUUUUUGACCAAAGAAAAGGUAAUUAACUUUUGAUUUUGGUCACUGGGGGUGGGGGAUUAUGAGUCCUCCGGUACCCACGUGUCCAACUUCUCAUGGAUCGAGAUUAAGGACUCAAAAGCCUAUAAACAAUUAUUAUGUUUUGGUUGUUCCAAGUAUAAUGGAUGCAUAUGACUAUGCUUGACUUGCACUAAAGCUUUCUUUCAUUGCAGGAAAAAGGUUAGGUACUUGAUUAAGAACCAAACCUAAGUUUUAGUAUAAUAAAAUCCUUAUUCCAUUCUCAUUUUACAUGCCUACACUUUCCUUAAACUGCUAUACUAUAUUAAAAUAAUGGUUGUAACAAAGUCUAUAACUUGUAGACAGUGCCGUCCCUGAUAAAUUUGGUGGCCUGAAGCAUAUUUAUAUACAGUAACAUUAUAUUUAUUUGUAAAA